CUCAGUUUUUUUCCUGUCUUCCAUCCCCUAACUUUUCCUGUUUUUAGUUGCUUUUUGGGAAGUCACCACGCCACUGAGACCGGUCACCAUUGCAGCUGUGUGUACAACCCAGCUGCUUGUGCUAAGAAGCAGCUGCCUCUUCGGUGCAGCCCGGGAGAAACGCAGGCUGCGGCGUGCAGCAGGGCAGAAAGGUAGCCCCCCGGCUGCAGAACUUUGGACCAAUCAGGACGCUGCUUUGCCUUUCUACAAGCAGGACCAACAGAGAGGUUCAACCUGGACCCGCUCUGAGGAGAAACUCUCUGCUUUCAAUUCAAAACCGCCAAAAGCUCCUCCACUGCCGCUGACACACAAAACAACCAACUAAUUAUCACUGAAGGAAACGUUUCCAAGUGAUGACAAUGUUGGGUAUGUACGUGCCAGACAGGUUUUCUCUGAAAUCGUCAAAGGUCCAGGAUGGAAUCGGUCUUUACACGGCGAGGCGAGUGAAAAAGGGGGAAAAGUUCGGUCCGUUCGCCGGUGAGAAAAAGCUGCCCAGUGAGCUGGAUGAAAGCUCGGACACCAGGCUGAUGUGGGAGGUUCGUGGCAGUAAAGGGGAUGUUCUGUAUAUUCUGGAUGCAAGUAAUCCUCGCCAUGCCAACUGGCUGCGGUUUGUCCAUCAGGCGCCUUCACAGGAGCAGAAGAACUUGGCAGCCAUUCAGGACGGAGAGAACAUCUUCUACCUGGCCGUGGAUGACAUAGAGACAGACACAGAGCUCCUGAUUGGCUACCUGGACAGCGACAUGGAAGAAGAGGAGGAGGAGGAGGAGGAAGAAGUCGUGAAAGACGAGGACGAGAACAGCAAAGAGGCCAAACAUCUUGUGGAAAUGGAACUUGUUAUAAAGAAGGAGGACCACCCCUGCCUGCUGUGCGAGAGCAGCUUUCCCAGUGAGGAGAUCUUGGCGGCGCACCUCCAGAGUCUGCACCAGAGGCCCAGCACCGAGGAGAAGGACUUCAAAUGCAGGAACUGUGGCAAGAAGUUCCCCGUCAAACAAGCUCUGCAGCGCCACGUUUUACAUUGUUCUGAGUCGCUUGACCCGUCGGGCGACUCUAAAGCUCAUCAGUGUUCCCUUUGCCACAACACCUUCAGCUCAGAAUCCAGUUUCGAACAGCACAAGGAAGCAUGCAAAGGAGACGCCAGGUUCAUAUGCAAAGCGGAAAGCUGUGGGAAACGAUUCAAAAGCAAGGACGCUUUGAAGAAACAUAAAGGAAACGUUCACACAGGAAGUGCACGACGGAAACUCACUUGCACCAUAUGCAACAGAAAAUGUUCUUCUUCUCUGAAUCUUCAGGAGCACAGAAAGAUACACGAAAUAUUUGAAUGUCAUGCAUGUGACAAAAAAUUCAUCUCAACCAACCAGCUGAAACGCCACAUGAUCACACACUCUGAGAAGCGGCCCUACACCUGUGAGAUCUGCAGUCGGUCAUUCAAGCGUUUGGAUCAGGUCACGGCUCACAAGAUCAUCCACAGCGAAGAUAAACCGUAUAAGUGCAAGCUGUGCGGAAAAGAGUUCGCUCACCGCAACGUCUACAAGAAUCACAAGAAGACCCACUCCGAGGAAAGGCCCUUUCAGUGCGAGGAGUGUAAGGCGCUGUUCCGCACCCCCUUCUCUCUGCAGCGCCACCUUCUCAUCCACAACAGUGAGAGGACAUUCAAAUGUGACCAGUGCGACGCCACCUUUAAGAGGAAGGACACGCUGAACGUCCACAUCCAGGUGGUGCACGAUGGCCACAAGAAGUACAAGUGCGACCUGUGCGAGAAGGCCUUUGUCACUCCGUCGGUCCUGAAGAGCCACAAGAAGACUCACACAGGGGAGAAGGAGAAGAUUUGCCCUUACUGUGGACAGAAGUUCGCCAGCAACGGCACGCUGAGGGUUCACAUCCGCAGCCAUACAGGUGAGCGUCCGUACCAGUGCCCCUACUGCGACAAAGCGUUCAGCAAGAACGACGGCCUGAAAAUGCACAUCCGCACCCACACUCGGGAGAAGCCGUACAAAUGCAGCGAGUGCAACAAGGCCUUCAGCCAGAAAAGAGGGCUGGACGAGCACAUGAGGACACACACGGGAGAGAAACCCUUCCAGUGCGACGUGUGUGAUCUCUCCUUUAGCUUGAAGAAGAUGCUCAGCAGACACAAGCUGACCCACAACCCCAACCGGCCCAUGGCGGAGUGCCAGCUCUGCCACAAGAAGUUCACUCGGAACGACUACCUCAAGGUCCACAUGGAGAACGUCCACGGCGAGACGGAGAGCUAAUGCCAAUUACAGGAGCACAAGCGAGAUCCCCGAGAUAAAGCCCUGUCUCGCGUUUUACGCACCAGUAAAGUACGAACAUGUAGAGAUAAACAGAUAGCUGGACUUAUUGGCAUUACCGAUAGAGCCAUGUAAGAAUAUGGGAAACAUUAAGACAGGCAUGUGGAAGCUGAACAUUUCUAUCCCCCCCCCACUCUGUUCCCCGAAGUUCUUCGUCAUCCUGUUUCCGCAUUAUUUUUAAUAUUCGAACAAACAGAUUCCCAUAUGUUAUAUAUGCCUCCGGAGCCGCUGUGUCUGCUCCCAUGAACGUCUUGCAUUUCACGUCAAAUCCUUCCGACCUCUUUCUCUUUGUUCCGUUUCAACCAGAGCUCGUUGUACCUCGACGUACUUUUGUGGCCAGCGGCCAAGACCUGAAGGAAACCAGUGAUCCGAUUCCCUUUAGGUUCCCUCUCCUGGUUUUAUUUGCAUCCGUUCACACUGCUUUUGUUUAAAGUGACGCCUGCUCUUAGGGGGCGUCCAGACCUCCUCAGAUCUGCGCCUCUUAUUUCUGGAGCUUACUGUACAUGCGAUGGAACCGUACUGGUGAAAGCAGGAAGUCGCUGCGCGAUCUGCACCGACUCACAACUUUCAGCUUUUGUUUACGUAAAACCCAGAAAGUAGAAACAGGCUUUCAUCAGUCAGAUCUGCAGCUUUGUUGUUCUGGAUCUACUUACUCUUUCACUGUUUUAAGGGGGGUUAAAGUUCGCUCCAUGUUUGACAUAAAGGGUUUUGGAAAAGCAUUAGCAGUCCUGCAACUUUUUCUUUUCUGUUUUUGCUGUUACAACUGCAAGCAUCAGUGCAUUUUAGUGGGAUUUCUUUGGAGUUAGACAAACACAAAGUAGCACAGAACUUUGAACGGUGUUUUUCUUCUACAAAAGGAAAAUCCGAAUAGCACUGCAAAAACACAAAGUCUUAACAAGUAAUUUUGGUCUAGUUUCUAAUGCAGAUGCCUUAGUGUACUUUAAAUAAGAGAAAACCCAA